AUCCUAAAAUUCUAGGACACUCGAUCAUCAGUGAUCGGUCUCCCUAUUAAAACUAAUUAAACCCAAUAAAAAGCAGCCCGUUUCCUUCCAGAUCAACUGGAGUCGACUAAAGGAACACCCAGAUUGAAAUCUAUGUGUGGUCAAGAGCGCUCGGCUUCCCUUGGGCCAAUGAUCUGCGCAGUUUAGGAGGACGUGUGCGUUUUUGAAGCCGACGUCGUCGAAUUCAAAUUUAGCAGGAGGGGCAUUGGGGGCCUUGGCUGCUGAGUUGGUGACCUUGGCGUUUCUCUUCGUUCGUUCUCGGCGUGUGCACUCCCACUAUUAUCUCUCUCACUUGGGUUCAAGAUGGCUUUAAGACUUGCUGGGCUCGCCAAGCUCUCGCGAUGUGGUGGCGUUCGCUUCCAGAGCUCGGCUGCUGCGGCGCCGACGACCAAACUGUUCAUCAACGGGCAGUUUGUCGAGUCCAAGACCAACUCCUGGGUCGAUCUGCACAACCCUGCCACAAAUGAGGUCGUCACGAGGGUACCAAACUCUACCCUGGAUGAGAUGAACUCGGCUGUGGAGGCGGCCAAGGAGGCUUACAAGAGCUGGUCCAAGACCUCCAUCCUGACUCGCCAGCAGAUCAUGUUCAGGUACCAAGACAUCAUCAGAAAGAACAUGAAAGAGUUGGCUGAAAACGUGACAAUUGAAAAUGGAAAGACACUUGUUGACGCCGAGGGUGACGUCCUUCGAGGCUUGCAGGUUGUUGAGCACUGCUGCAGCAUCACCUCACUGCAGUUGGGUGAAAGCUUGAGCGGUAUUGCCCGUGACAUGGACACGCAUUCGUACAGGACUCCCCUCGGAGUUGUUGCUGGGAUUGCGCCUUUCAACUUCCCUGCCAUGAUUCCCCUUUGGAUGUACCCAAUGGCGAUUGUGUGUGGCAACACGUUUGUGAUGAAGCCCUCUGAGCGAGUGCCUGGCGCGUGCAUGAUGCUGGUGCAGAUGCUGAAGGAUGCUGGGUGUCCAGAUGGUGUGGUCAACGUCAUCCACGGCACCCACGACUCUGUCAACUUUAUCUGCGACCAGCCAGACAUCAAAGCCAUCUCCUUUGUCGGAUCUGACCAAGCUGGAAAGUAUAUUUACGAGAGGGGAUCACGGAAUGGCAAGCGAGUGCAGAGCAACAUGGGCGCCAAGAACCACGGAGUCAUUAUGCCCGACGCCAACAAGGAGAACACCCUCAAUCAGUUAGUUGGCGCUGCCUUUGGAGCUGCUGGCCAGCGCUGCAUGGCUCUCAGCACUGCUGUGUUUGUUGGAGAGGCCAAUAAGUGGCUUCCAGAGCUUAUCGAGCGUGCCCAGAAACUCAAGGUCAAUGCAGGCCAUGUUCCUGGAACUGACGUCGGCCCCGUCAUUUCGCCACAGUCGAAGAAGCGCAUCUGUGACCUGAUCCAGUCUGGUGUUGACCAGGGCGCCAAGCUUAUUUUGGACGGCAGGAACCUUGUGGUUCCUGGCUACGACAAGGGCAACUUUGUGGGCCCCACCAUUCUCACUGACGUUACACCUAGCAUGAAAUGCUACACCGAAGAGAUCUUUGGCCCUGUGCUGGUGUGUCUGUCUGCAGACACCCUGGACGAUGCCAUCCAGCUUAUCAACAAGAACCCAUAUGGCAAUGGCACUGCAAUUUUCACCACAAACGGUGCCACCGCACGCAAGUUCACACAGGAAAUCGACGUUGGCCAGGUUGGGGUCAAUGUGCCCAUCCCAGUGCCGCUGCCCAUGUUCUCUUUCACUGGCUCCAGAGGCUCCUUUCUUGGUGACGCCCACUUUUAUGGCAAGCAGGGCAUCAACUUCUACACAGACGUUAAGACUGUGACCCAGUUAUGGCGAGAGAGUGACGUGACCCACACCAAGGCUGCAGUGGCCAUGCCCGUCAUGCAGUGAUGAUUCUCAAUGUGCCAACAAGGAACUCUAGAUACAGAUCUAAAUCAAAAUGUCGAUUUUGAGUCAAAGCACAUUACCACUAAAGCUCAAAGCCUUCAAAGCAGCUUGUAAAGAAAAAGAAGUCUUCCGUGCCAUUCAAUAAAGAGUAUGAAAAAUAUUUUUGUUAAGCAACUAC